UAAAAAUCCUCGCGGAAAUCUUCCCCGCCGUCUCUCCCUCUCCGUCUCUCCCUCUCUCUCUCUCUCUCUCUCUCUCUGUGUCAAGUCACGAACCAGUGGACACUGGACAGUGAGCCCUAAAAAUGGCCUCCGAGAACGAAUCGAUGUCCAGCGAAGGUAGCAACAACAACAAUGACAAUAAGAAGAGGAAGAGCAGAUAUCUUCCCCAAAACUUCUAUGAGGAACUGGUAACUAGGAAGGCUUCGGGCAUAAAAUGUGGGCAGUUAGCCAAUAAACCUUUGAAUAGAAAGACGAAAUCCACAUAUUCGGAUUCUUCUAGUAGUGAUGAGGAUAAUGACGACGACAGCAAUGAUAUUGAAACUGGUGAUCAGAAGGACAAGGAAGAGGACAAUGAUGAACCAGAAUCUCAUGCAGACGGUGAUGCAAAUCUUGAAAAUUGCUUAAAUAUAGAUUCAGUUCCUCAUAAGCUGGAAGACAAAGACAGCAAGAAGGAGGAUGCUACUUGUGAUGAAAGUCGAGCUGUGGAAGGUGAUGUUCCACCAGCUAAGAAACAAUGCAUAGAAGCAAAUGCCUUCGAAGGUUGGAAUGUUAUAACUAACAAAAUGGAGAAGUCCGUGGAUAGGUUAAUUGAAGUAGAACUUGAAGAGUUGGGAGACAAAAACAAGGGUGAUGAUGCUUCCACCCAGGGUAUUCAUACUGGGCCAUUGGCUUUAUUUGAUUAUACCGAAGCUUUCACAACGGCCACGGUCUUUCCCACCAAGGAUGAGUUGAUAGAGUGGGCAAGAUCAACCGGUAAAAAUAAUGGUCUUGGUAUUGUGAUAAAGGCCUCCGAGACAGGUGCAAAGAAUCGAAGACCAAGGAUGAGAUUUGCAUGUGAACGGAGUGGGCAGUAUAGAAAGUUUGUCAAUAAGUCCGAUGACGAGGAUAGAGAAGUGAAGCGAAGACCGAACGCCACAGGCACUAAGAAAUGUGGAUGCCCUUUUGAAUUGAAAUGUGUUCAGGGCAUUGAAGGUUGGACUGUCAGGGUCUUCAACGGUAUGCACAACCAUCCUUCCACGCUUCAUAUGGGGGGGCACUCAUAUGCCAGGAGGUUGUCAUCAGACCAGACGUCAAAAUUGGUGGAGUUGUCAAAGUCUCUGGUUAAACCCAAAGAUAUCCUAAAUGCAUUGAAGAACCAGGAUCCUAUGAAUGUCUGCACUAUUAAAUCUGUUUACAAUUCACGCCAUAAGCACAGAGUGAUAGAGCAGGGGAAAUCCCAGAUGCAAAAACUAAUGAGUCGGUUAGUUGAGCACAAUUACAUUGAGUGGCACCGGACUAAUGAGGCCACAGGUUGUGUCACGGAGUUAUUUUGGUCACAUCCUACUGCCGGUGACUUGUUACGUGCUUUCCCUCGGGUCUUGCUAAUGGAUUGCACCUACAAGACCAACAUGUACAAAUUUUCGUUACUUGAGAUUGUUGGUGUCACAUCUACGGAGUUGACGUUCUCAGUGGCCUUUGCUUUGAUGGAGUGUGAGAAGGAGGACAACUAUACUUGGGUGUUGGAGAAGUUGAAGGGUAUGAUGGAUAAAGACACACUUCCGACUGAGAUGGUUAAAGACGCACUUCCGACUGUGAUCGUCACUGAGAGGAAGUUGGCUCUUAUGAAUGCCAUUGCAACGGUUUUCCCAGAUGCUACAAAUCUUCUAUGUAGAUGGCAUAUCGAGAAGAAUGUGUUGGCUAAGUGUAAGAAGAUGUUUGAUAACAAGAAGUGGGAGGCAUUUUUGCAUGGUUGGAACACAUUGGUGCUCUCAUCAAGUAUUGCGGCAUACGAGGAGCACCUUUGUGCACUGAAGCGGGACUUUGGCAUGUAUCCUGCAGCACUUGAUUAUGUCGAGCGUUUUUGGUUGGGAGGUCUAAAGGAGAGAUUUGUAGGGGCAUGGACGGACUCCGUCAUGCACUUUGGCAAUGUUACUAGCAACAGGGCGGAGAGUUCACAUUCCGAGCUCAAAAGGCUUCUUGCGACAUCCCAAGGCGACUUUGAUAAUGCUUGGGGGAAGAUGCAUGAUUUGAUUGAGUUACAGUGCACCGGAAUCAAAGCUUCAUUUGAGGAGAGUCUGGAUCGUGAGCAGCAUAGUUUCGGGUGUGACCUCUUUAAAGAGCUAAAGGGAUUUGUUUCGAAGAGCGCCAUGAAACUUGUUCUAAUGGAGUCACAACGAGUUCCAUGUGUUGUUCAACAUAACCUUCCAUGCGAAUGUGUUGUUAGGCAUACCCAUGGUAUACCCUGUGCUCACAAGAUUGUUCCAUUUGUGCAGAACAAUUGUUCCCUACCGUUGUCCUUCCUUCCCGACCAUUGGAAGAAGCUUGAUUUGGUUUCUCCGUCGGAAUAUGCUACCCGCGAGGAGGUUCUCCUGGCCGAAUUUGAUAUUUUUUUGAGUAAACUUGGGAGGUUGGAUGAGCCGUACAAGAUUCAUUUGAUGGAUAAAUUCAAAGAGCUUGUUGGCGCUUCCGACUUAGACCCCGAAGUGAAAGCUUCAUUGUUGUAAACUUAUUAGUUUAAAACUUAUUUCGAUAGUUUUUAUUUUUCGUAACUUUUUGUUA